AAAAAAAAUGGCGGGUUAGUCAAUGGCGCAGGAAUGAGUGAGGAUACAGAGCGUUCUCAGACACAGAGUGGAAUAUAUAGUUUAAAAUCUGUUGAUCUACAGUCAGUGACUUUACCAAUUUAAGGGUUCUAUACCUGACUUCAGAAAGAAUUCAAAAUGAGUGGAUUUACCUUCACACCCAAUAAUACCACUGGGGGCUUUUCCUUUACCACUCCAACGCCAAAGACCACGGCAACAACUGCAACUGGUUUUAAUCUAGGGGUCAGCAAUACAGGAGGUUCAUUAGGGGGUCCAUUUCCCUUUGGUACCCCAUCCCAACCACAAACAACUUCACAGGCGUCUGGAGGCCUUUUUCCAUUUUCAACACCUGCAAAUACUGGUGCACCAUCCGGAUUCACUUUUGGUGCUUCGGCUACAAUAACGGCAAACCCAACCCAAGAUGCAGUAGGAAAUGUCUCCUUUGGUGCCAGUGCGCCAAAAAUAAAUCCAUCUCAGACCACAGCAUCCACUGGUCUGAUGCUUAGUAACAGUAUGCCAUCUGCUGGGACCGGAUUUGCCCUUGGAGGAUCAUCUUCUGUACAAGUUACUGCUUCUUCAACUGGUGGAUUAUUUACUUUUGGAAAUGCACCAUCAACACAGCAGCAGCAGCAACCAGUAACUAGUGUAUUUUCUUUGGGAACCAGUAGUAGUUCCCAGCCAAGCAGUGGGUUUUCCUUUGGAGCACCAAAGUUGCAAGCAACUGCAACUACACAAGCAGCACCUGCUGGAACAUUUCCAUUUGGCAACAGCUCUACUCCUGCUAUUGGUCAAACAGGUCUUUCUCUUGGGUCUGUGGCUCCAACUCCAUCUACCAGCACCUCAGCUGCAACAAGUCAAGCGACAGUAUUUUCCUUUGGCAGUAAGCCUGCAGGUAGUACUGCAACUACAGCUUCAUCAAGCACUUCAGCUGGACUUUCCCUUUUCGGAACACCUGCUACAACUUCUACUCCCACACCUGUUCCUGGCUUUACAUUUGGAGCACAAGCCUUAUCUGCUACAACUACUGCUACUACUACUACUACAGCAGCAGGGCUCUCUUUCCUCAAGCCUGUGGGUGCAUCUCCUUCUUCAAGUACAACUACAGCAGUUGUUACAACAACUGGUAGUACACCAGCAUUCUCAUUACCGCUAAAGUCAACAGGAGCAAGUACAAUUGGUACUUUAUCAACCGCAACGACUGCUAUCACAGCAACAACAUCAGCUGUCAGCACUCCUCCUGUCAUGACCUAUGUUCAAUUAGAGAAUCUGAUUAACAAGUGGAGUCUGGAACUUGAAGACCAGGAAAGGCACUUUCUCCAUCAAGCAACUCAGGUCAAUGCCUGGGACCGUAUGCUGAUUGAGAAUGGAGAAAAGAUCACUUCGCUACACAGAGAACUGGAGAAAGUAAAGCUUGAUCAAAGAAGACUGGAUCAGGAGCUGGAUUUCAUUUUGUCCCAGCAGAAGGAGCUGGAAGAUUUACUGAUUCCUUUGGAAGAAUCUGUGAAGGAACAAAAUGGCACAAUUUAUGUUCAGAAUGCAGAUGAAGAAAGGGAGAGAACAUACAAAUUGGCAGAAAACAUUGAUGCACAGCUCAAGAGAAUGUCUCAGGAUCUGAAGGAAAUCAUUGAACAUCUAAAUACAGCCAGUGGGCCUUCUGAUUCCAGUGAUCCACUUCAGCAAAUCUGUAAAAUUCUAAAUGCACAUAUGGAUUCACUCCAGUGGAUUGAUCAAAAUACAGUACUGCUUCAGAGAAGAGUAGAAGAGGUUUCUAAACUUUGUGAAGGUCGGCGCAAGGAGCAAGAAAAAAGCAUGAGGAUAACUUUUGAUUAAAUUUUUUUUAUUCUAUAAUGCUUAGAUGAAUACAGGGAUUUUGUUUAAGUCUGCUCACUUCCAGAAUUAACAGAAUAUAUGGAGUUUCUGGUGUAAUAAUAAAGUAUUCAUGUUUUGCUUAUU